AUGUCCUCUUCUAACUCCGACAUCCAUUCCCAGCUCCUCCGCUACGCAAGCUACCCAUUCGGAUCCGAUGCUACCUUCAAGCAAGGCCUCGCUGAUAUUAUUUCUCGGAGCUCGGCAGAUGUAGACCGAAAUGAGAUCGAGAGGAAAGCGAAAAUAUUCUAUUUCAAUCGAAUUUCAGGUAACUCACUCACCAUCGAGGAGGUCAGAGCUUAUGAAGAGACACCAUCGAUUGACAUGGAUGGUGUAGCAACCUCACGCGAGCUCAUGCAAGCUGACAGUGCAGACCCUCCGCUUGAAACGGAAGCUUCAUCUCAGGCCGAGGCUACAGAAGUUCUGACUCUAGCCCAGAUCAAGGAAUUAAUAGAGACAGGGAGAACUGACCAACUUCCGAACAAUAAAACCAUACCUGGAGGUUUGAAUGAAGCACCUCAUAGCAAAUCUGUAGCACCAUCGAUGAAGAAACCAUGGGAGCAUGCCGCUAGAGAUGAUCAUUGA